AUGGAUUUUUCAUAUAAUGAUUCAUUUUCUGAAUUAGAUAAUUUUUCAAAUAUACAGUGUGAAUUUAAUGGGAAUCUUGAUUCGUGUGUUGGUUCACCUAUAUCAUAUGAAAGAUUUUCUAAUAAAGAAGAUAUAACAAAAGGUGAACAGGAACAAUCAAAUUCUGAAUACUACUUUUGUAUGGAAUGUAGGGAAGCUUUAGCUUAUAAAUAUGUUUUAAAAGAAAAAUGUUGUGAAGAAUUAAAAGAGUGGCUUGUUAAUCAUACAGAUAUUCUCAAUUCUUGGGAGUCAACACAUGAAGGAUAUAGGAGGUAUCCUUUAAAUAAGUAUGAAGAAGAUUUUUAUGAAUUUCAGUUAAAAGAAAAAGUAGCACCUAAUUGUGAAGAGAAUACUUGGAAAAUGUGGAAACAUUGCUUUGUUGAUGAUGAUUUUAGAGGUUGGGAAAUUGAAGUUCCGAAUCUUUUUUACAAUGAGGGUGAUCCUCAAUUUGUAAAACAUUGUGGUGGUGAAAAUUCUCGUUUUGUGGAAAGUAGAGAAAGUAUUGAAUCAUGGAUUUUUAAUGUUCUUGAAAAAUUAUCACUUGAGUAA